CGGGGCGGCGCGGACAUGGGCGCCAAGCAGAGCGGCCCCGCCGCCAACGGCCGCACCCGCGCCUACUCGGGCUCGGACCUGCCCUCCGGGAGCGGCGGCGGCGGCGGGACAGAUGGCGCUCGGGCGGCCCGGUUCGCGGCCCCGGUGCCCGGCGCGCAGCAGCCUAGCGCCUCGGCCGGUGCGGCGGCGGCUGCGGCGGCCUCGGCCCCGGCAGCGCCUCGCAGCCGCUCGCUCGGCGGGGCGGUGGGCAGCACGGCGAGCGGCCGCGCGGCGCAGUCGGCCUUCAGCAUCCCCGGCGGCGGCGGCAGCGGCAGCGGCAGCGGCGGUGGUGGCCCGUACGGCUCGCAGGACUCGGUGCACAGCAGCCCGGAGGACGGCGGAGGCGCUAGGGACCGGGACCGGCCGGCGGGCGGGGGGCCUGGCGGCCCGCGCCUAGUGAUCGGCUCGCUCCCGGCCCACCUCUCCCCGCACUUGUUUGGAGGAUUUAAGUGCCCGGUAUGCUCAAAAUUUGUACCCUCAGAUGAAAUGGAUUUGCAUCUUGUGAUGUGUUUAACAAAACCAAGAAUAACCUAUAAUGAGGAUGUGCUGAGUAAAGAUGCUGGGGAAUGUGCAAUAUGCCUUGAAGAGUUGCAGCAGGGAGAUACCAUAGCACGACUGCCUUGCCUGUGUAUAUAUCAUAAAGGAUGCAUAGAUGAAUGGUUUGAAGUAAAUAGAUCUUGUCCAGAGCACCCGUCAGAUUAAGUGCAUCAGAUUCCUGUGUUAUGGAUGCUUGAGAAAUCUAGAAGAUUUGAAGAUCGGACUCUGGAAAAAAUGAGAACUGCAGGCUUAUUCAGCCAGGAUCUGAGUUCUGUGACACCUGGUAGUCCGGAGAGGGACAAGAAGCACAGAACUCAGUGUACCAAACUUGCAUAUAAGGGACACACAGGGAUUUUGAAAAUGCUGCACAUCCUGGACUAGUCACUGCAUAGAUGACACUGAUAAACAUUUUGUAUUCAGACGCCAAAGUUAACUAAUUGCAAAGUUGAUUUACUUUUUAUUAAGUUCUGUAGAGCUGCUGUUUUAGUGUGUUUGGGUUUUUGUUUUUGUUUUAAGUUUGGGGACUUUUCAUUUUCCCCAACAUAAUGUUUCUACAUUCACCUAUUCUUAACUUGAAAACCACACAAUUUAGUUCUUACAAACUCUUCAAUGUGAAACCAAGAAAUGUAAUCAAAGCAGUGUAAUAUUCUGUGAAUGGAAAAUAUAACCUCAAGUUCUUCCAUCCCCCGCCCCACCCCC